CUCACUUUGAGGCAUCUGCCGUAUUUCCAGGUUGAGUGGUGGCUUCCUUGCCACUGAAUCCUUGCUGUGCCAAAGCCCUGCAAGUCAUUUCUGGGGAGGACCAUGUUCCUGUUUCCAUCUUUCCUUCUCCUGGGUGUGGUAACAGCAUCUUAUGCAGAGCCUGUAACUGAAGGUGUUCAAAGCUCCUGCCCUGUGAUUGCCUGUAGUUCUCCAUGCCUGAAUGGCUUCCCAGGCAAGGAUGGACGGGAUGGUGCCAAGGGAGAGAAGGGAGAACCAGGUCAAGGGCUCAGAGGCUUGCAGGGCCCUCCUGGAAAGGUAGGACCAGAAGGAUCCCCAGGGACUCCUGGGCCAAAGGGAGCAGUGGGGCCGAAAGGAGACCGUGGAGAGCGUGGGGAAUGUGAUACCAGCAAAAUCGAUGCAGAAAUCGCAGCUCUACAAGCAGAGCUGAGAGGCAUUAAGAGGUGGGUGCUCUUCUCUACGAGUGAACGAGUUGGAAAGAAGUACUUUGUGAACACUGGCAGAAAAACGAGCUUUAAUGAAGUGAAGGCUCUGUGCUCCCAGUUCCAGGCCUCUGUGGCCACUCCCAGGAACGCCGAGGAAAAUUUGGCCAUGCAGAAGGUGGCUAAAGAGAUUGCCUACAUAGGCUUGACAGACGAGAGGACUGAAAACCAGUUCUUGGACUUGAAAGGAAACAGACUGCAGUACACUAACUGGAAUGAUGGUGAACCCAACAACACGGGGGAUGACGAAGACUGUGCGGUGCUCCUGUUAAAUAGCAAAUGGAAUGAUGUCCGCUGCUCGGACUCCUUUUUGGCAGUCUGUGAGUUCUUGGACUGAGGGUGUUUGUGUCUUAGUCCUCCUUGAUGCCUUAUUGUGCCCCAUAAGUCCACAAUUUGUUCUGAAAUAUAAACAAGGUAAAAAUAUAAACAAUUAAGCAUUAGUUGCCCAAUUAAACUAUACUGCUUUUUUUUUUUUUUGGAAUAGUAUUUCCUUGUGAAGAUGUAAAAAUAAAAUGAGUUUGGCUUCUUCGUUUAUGACAAACACGCGUGCUCUGCCGAGUUCUCUUUUCUCUUUGGGUAGAAGGCUUCCAGGAUGUGACAUCACUCUAGCUAAUUCCGUAGUUUCUCAGCCCAGUCUCAGUUAUUAAAAAGGCCUACUUAGAGCUUUAUUUCAGAGAUUUACCUCCUUCCCAAUGGGACAUUAAACUAGGUACAGAAUGUAAGUCUCAAGU